CGAUGGCCAUAGCACCGCGGCCGCCAGUUGUCCAAUUACCGUAGUACGGUGCCGCCGGUCGUUUCGUCACGUCGAAUAUUUCGCGUGUUUGUUGUGAAACAUUCCACAGAUGAUAACGUACAUCUGUGUACUUUCUACAACACAGUCGGUUUUGUUGUUAUAUCGGUUCGUGCGACAAUAAUAAUAAUAAUAAUAAUUAUAGCGCAAUAUUUUCGUGAUUGUCCGUAGAAUUGAUUACGAAAAUAAAACUCUCUUCGACGUUCUCCGGAGAGACAGUCGCGAUAUCGUAAAGUACUCGGCGGCGGUUCGGAGCGUAUCGAUCGAUUUCAAACGGUUUUUGAUCCAAGUAUUAUAAUUAAUAAUAUAACAUCUGUUCGAACGGCACAAUCGACUUUUCACUGUCAGGGACGAUAAUCGUUUGUCUGCAGUUGUCGACCUUUCGUAAACAAAGUAGGUAAGUAUCAAUUUCACGGGGUAAAUAGCCGUAUGAUUUACAUUUGAAAUUCUAUACGGCCUAGUCCGUCGUCUGUUCAUUAUAGUAGCUGAUACAUUAUGACUAAUCCAAACGAAACGGACAGCGAGGAUUGGAAAGACAAGUAUAGAGCGCUGGAAAAGGAAUACGACGAUUUCCGGGAACAAUCGCAGUCUUUAGAACGCGAACUGGAAAUGGACGUUGAAAUGCUAGAGAAGAACAACAAGGAGCUCAAAUCUAAAAAUAAUCAGUUACAAUUUGAUCUCGAUACACUAAGGGUAUGUAUUCGGUUGGUAAAACAGUAAUGUUAUAGAUGAAACUAUGGUAUUUAAUUGUUAUAAGUCAAUUGCCAAUGGUUCAUUUUAAUUGCCUUACUCUAUCCGUAGACGAAAAACCGCGAAGAGCAGCAAAACCUAAUGAACCAAAUACACAGUUUACAAGAAGAAGCAAUUCAUUUUCAUGAAAGAGAAACUAAUUAUGUAAAAUAUAUCAGAGAAUUGGAACAAAAAACUGAAGACCUAGAAAAGUUGCAAAGGUACGUUACUUAAGCUACUUACUUGGGUUUAAAUCAAUAAUCUUUAUUCUGUAAUUAUACUUCAAACAUAAUCCUAAUUCAACUUUUUGUGGAAAAUAUUUGGAAAUGCAAAUGACUGAAUUUUAAAACACUGACUGUUUCAAUGUUCAUAUUUCUGUCUCUUACUUCAUAAUGCUUCAAUAUUCAUGUCUAUUAUUUAAUGUAAUUUAAUUGUUUUAAAAAUAAAAUAUCAAGUUACAAGCAGUAUGUCAUAGGAUUCUAAUAAUAAUUAUUUAAUAUAGUGUGACAAAUUUCAGUGGUGUGUUAAUACAUUUUUUAUUUUUCAUUAUCAUGAAUUAUUUAUAUAACAUAUUAAAUUACAUGAUAUUUUGAACUAGUAAAUUUCAAAUAGGAUACAUUUAUUGUUAGUGGGUAUCGAUUUAAAAUAAAUUAUUUGAUUUUUUUAUCCAUUGCCAGUUUUUAACAUUUCACUGUGUAUAAAUAAACAAAACACAUUUUAUAUAAAACAUAACAUCAAAGAGUUUUUGAUUUACUAUUUAAUAUUAUAUUUUACAAAACCAAAUAGUAAUAUCGAUAUAAAUUUGCAAGAACAUUAUUUUUCCACAAAUCUAUUUAUUAUAAAAGAUUAUAUCCAUGUUAAACUUAUAUUAUUAAAAUAUUAAAUAGUCGCUUGCAGUUAUUAUUAUUAUUUUUUUUGAUUUGCUUUUAAAUAGACAAACACUUUUCUUUUUUAAAUUGUAUAACAGUUCAACAAAUUAAUUUAAUUAUCUAUUUUUUCUAUGGUUAUGAAAAAUAAAAAGCAAGUAAUUAAUAUUUAGUAUUUUCGUGAUUAGUUAUGAUAAAAUAAAUAUUAAAUUAUGUAUAAUGUACCUAUUAUUUUGUUUAUUUUAGUUUUUGUAUUUGUUAAUAUAUAUUAUUAUAAUUUCUAAAAACAAUAGUUACAAUUUAAUGUUUUUUAUCGUUUAUUUGAAUCAUAUUAUAUUAAUUAUACCCGUAAAAUAAAUAUUCAAAAUCAAAUAAACUGUUUAUUACUAAUGUAGUAAACUUUUACUAUUUGAAUUUCGAGUCUUCUUUAAAAUUUCAAAAUAAAAUAAAUAUUUUUUUUUAAUAUUAUUACUAUAGCAUGUCCAUUGUAAUCAACGGAACUUUAUGAAUUAAUGUUUCAGAGAGACAUGUGCUUCUUUAGGUGAUUUUGAAACUAAAAUGAAUGAUGCAAUUGAGCGAAAUGCUCUCCUUGAAGUAGAACUUGAUGAAAAAGAAAGUUUACAAGCAAUGGUACAAAGGCUAAAAGAUGAAAUUAGUGGUAAGUCAAUCAAAACUUAUUUUAUUUUUGUUAAAUAUGUAUUGGACAGUUGUUAUUUAUAAUUUUGGAUUUGUGAAAACUCUUUGAAAAUUCAAAAGGCUAAUAGUUGAUAUUAUGAUAUUCUAUUGGCAUUUGGUGUCAUUGAUUAUUGUACAAUUAAAUUAAAUUUGCCGUACAAAAACUUAAAGUAUAGUGUAUUAUUAGAGUAUCAAUUUUAAAAUAUAAAACCUAUAAAAAUACUUUUAUUCAAUUGUACAGUAAAUUGUAUUGUUUUUACAAUAUGUAUAUAAAAUAAUUUUGAUGUUAGAUUAUGACACAAAAGAUUGCUACUAAUAAACAAAUAAAUGAAUCAUUAAAAUGCUUAUUCAUUGCGGAUUGAUAUAAUUUGUAUCUAUGAAAUUGAAUUGUACAUAUCAGUUAUUGAAAUUAAAAAAUACAUUUUUGAUCACAAUGAAUGUCAUUGUCUCGAUGUUAACUCAAGGUGAAAUUUACUAUUACAAAUUAAAGCGUUUUAUUUAAUAAUGAUGCAUAUCAAAUACACUUCUUUUUUUUUUUUUUAUUCGACAAUAAUAUUGGUAUUGUAGAAUUAAAAAUAGCUUAUUUUUUAUUUUAUCGAAUUUUGUAAACAUCUAAUUUAACUUUUUUUUUUCAAACUACUUAUUCAAUUGGUUAAAUUAUUCAUUUUUAUAUCAUAAAUAUUUAGAGCAUCACUUCAGCAGAAACAUCUUUAUUGGCAAAUUAAAAACAUGUAUUAUUUUUAAACAAUAAACAAAUGCAAAUGUAUAUUAGUAAUAUAAACAAGUUUAUAGUAAGAGGUUAGAUCAUUAAUAGUCAAAUCAAUUUUUGUUGCUUUUUUUUUUUUUUAUUUAAAUGAUUUUCAAAAGAUUUUAUGAUAGCAGUACCUCCCCCCUCAAGUUGGGGGUAUAAAUUUGCUGCUGUAACAACAACCUAAUUACCAAAUAUGAUUGUUCAUCACACGUUUUAAUUUUCAAUUUGUACUGUUGAUACUUGGCCAUUCAAGCAAACACAUAAUAUUAUGUGUCGGACUCAUUGUGUACCAUUGAGUAAUACUCAGUAAUAGUGUAGUGGUUAUUCAGUUAUUUUAUAAUAAUAAGUGAUAACAAUGUUCAUACCUUAGCAAAACUACCACUGUUAUCACAUUAAAUGAAUUUUAACAAUUAUAAACAAUCAACAUAAUCAACUAGUUUUAAAAUUGAAUAAUAAACUAUUUCAAGAAAAAAUAACUUUUUAACAAAACUAUUUAUGUCUAUUAACUGUCAAUUGAUUUGAGUUAAUUUCUAAGUCAAAAUGAUUGGCUAAGUGCCUAAUAUGUUUAAAACCUUUACUUAAUUUUAUUUUUUCAGAACUUAAACAAGAAAUUCAAAGUAAAGAGCGUAAAUUAAAUCCUGAUAUGAAUGAGUCACAAGCUGCAGCUGCUGUGAGACGGUGUAGUAGUUUCAGGGCAGCAGUAGACAAUAGACGAUUGUCGUCUUCAACAGAAACUGCACCAAAAAGUCAUACGAAAAGUAAAUUAACUAAUAUUAUUUAUAAUUUUCAAUUAUUUAUUAUCUAAUUUAUUUUUAUUUAUCUAGGCUUAAGUGGAACUGUAUUUCAUUCACCACCCGCCAAAUUAGCAAGAGUUGGUGAUAUUGUUGGAGAUCUGAUGAGAAAAGUAAAUGUAAGUUAAUCGAUGGUGGUUUUCGUGUAGUAUGUGAUCUACCAUAUUUAAUAUAAUAACUGAAUAAAUAUUAACAGUUGUCCUAUACAAAUUUAAGUAGUACAAUUAAAUGGGAUAUAUGUGUAUGUUAGGAAAUAGUUAACAAAAAAUGGAUAUAAAAAGAUAUGUGCGAAAACUAAAAUGUUUAAAUCAAGGUGCUUAACCUUGCUUAAUCAAAACUACAGAGGUUUUAUAUUUCUAUCAAGCAAAGCAUAAUUUCAUAUUUUAUUAUAUUUAAAUUUUAAAAAAUUAUGAAAUUGUUGUUUAUUGACAACAAUUAAUUAAGUAGUGUAUAAUUAAUUUGAUUUAAUUGAAAAUUUUAAUAUAAUUUGUCUUUUUCGGCAUGUUCACAACAAAAUAAUUUGAAAGCUUUACAGUUAGGUAGGGUUAUUUAUAAAACGAUUCUUAGAUUUUAUUACAAUUUAAGAGAACCCAUUAAGCCCUUCCCAUAGUUUUUCUAUUUAAUAUGAUAUUCUUAUCAAGGUUGUUAAUGUUUCAUAUAUGAGCUAGUAGCUAUAUUUAAUAUAAUCAAUCUAUAUAACAUUUAUAGUUCAAGUUUUUUUAGUACGCAAUUAAUCUUUUCACAUUGACCUAGACUGGAUUUUUUCACAAAUACUUGGCCAUUUAAUCUAUUUUGUUGUUUUUAAUUAGUAUUAAUAAAAUGAGGUCAAUAUUGUUUGAUUAACAUGGAAGCAGAAAUAUUAAUCUCGUUUAGUUAUCAAUUUCAAAUAUGUGAUGAUUAUAUGUUUUUUUUUUUUUUUUAUAUAUAUAUAUAAUUACAUCAUUACAUUUUUGUAAUUGAUAACUAUACUAAAUUAAUAUUCUUGAUACUACGUCUAUCAAAUUCAUAUUGACCUCUUUCUAUGAAUAGUAGUUACAAACAACCGAGUCAUAGUCUUAAAACAUGUUAAUCAAUAAAACUAAAAGGGCAAACAGUAAAAUAUAAUUGUUUAAUUUCCAUUAAUUGUAUGGUAGAUCUUAUACAAGACGAAAGCCUCUUUUAUUACUAUUACUAACAGUUUUGAAUGUUUGUUUUAUUCACAGGUUCUUGAACUCAAAUUGGUGGAAGCUAAACAACUGAAUGUACCUAAAACGCAAAAUUGUCCUUUCUAACAAAACGCUUUAUGGCAGACCACACCAGUGGUUGGCCUUCUGUAGCUGAAUUAUGUAUGCUAUUCGUACUGCUGCCGAGAAUCCUCAUGUUUUAUAUGUAUAUUGCUCUCUGAAAUGUAUUAUUCUAUCGAUCUAUGGUGAUCUUUAUGUUCAUGUCUCAAUAAAAAAAAAAGUUAUAUUAAUUAAAUAUUAGUCGUUCAGUUGCCUUAAUGAUACAUUUGAAAUUUUAAUUUUUUACAACACAAAUGUUUUACACGGUCGGUUUUUAUUUAUGAUUUUUUAUUUUAUUAUUAUUUAAUUAUACAUUUAUAUACAUAAUAUAAGUACAUAAUAAUUACUUUACAAGGAGACUUAUGACAAAGUUUUAUUUUUAUACCUAUUUUAUUUACUUAUAGAUUAGUAUAAAAUAAGGCCUUAUAACAACAAGACAUGGACCCUUCUUUUGUAGAAAGUCAGACAAUAAUUGUGUUUGUACAAAUCCUUACAAUAUCAUGCACAUACAAAUAUUUUUUUAAAUCACAUAAAUUUGUUUCUGUAUAGAACAAUAAUUAUUACUAUUGUAUUAAAAAAAUAUAUAUAUACCUAAUAUAAAAAAAAAAAAAUAUUGUACAUAUAUAUAUGAAUAAUAUAUUAAAGAAAACCUGUAUAAGUAAAAAUGAAAUUUAGAGUUUAUAAUUUUUGUUUCGUUUUUUGCUACAUUUUUACAAUUUAUAUGAAAAUGUUGACUAGACUAAAUCACUUAAGAAUUAAAACGUUAAACAAAUAAAAAUUGUUUAAAAACGAAAUACACCUGUGGAAAUCAUUCAUUGCGGUGGUUUUAUAAUAAUAUAUAGAGUACAUCAAUAAUUGAAAUCAUCAUUGAGACUUGAAAGAAAUUUUAGUCGAUAAAUAUGAAUAUUUUACCCGAAUACGGUAUGUACGGCGCUAAUAUUUCGAGUAAAUAUUGAACAGUUCGUUAUAUACAUGUAUAAUAUUCAUUCUAUGGACACGAAUACAAUAUAAAUACAAAUUUUAAAAAACAAACAUCGGCAUUGAACCUUAACCGUAACAAAACGAAUAUUGUUCGUUUGAGAUACUUAUAAAUAAUGUUAUAAUUAAUUUAGACUAUAAAAUUAUUCUACGAUAAUAUGUUAGUGUUCUCGUUAAAUACAUAGUAUGAUGAAAACAAAAAAUUACAUGUCGCUAUACAUAUUAUUUGUUUGAAACGUUAUUUAUUUUUUUUUUCAUUAAUUCUUCUUAAUAAUAUUUUAUUAGUGUUGUAUUUAUUUAUCAAAACCUAGUCACGGGCCUUAGGAAGACGACAACGUUGUCGAGUCACUUAUCGUCAAAAAGUAGAAAAAAAAAAAAAAGUAUUUUUUACACGAAAAUAAUAUUAUCACAGACAAACACACUGAACAUUUUUUUUUUUUUUUUUAUGGCACCAUCGAGAACGACACAAUAUUAGGUACGAUUAAUAAACGGUACUCUUGGGCGAGGGGAAUACAAAAAAUUCGUCAUCAUCGUCAUCAUCAUCACAGUAUCCACUCGAGGAAAGAACCGCCGAACCAGACGGCGACAACCGGUAACAUGUACGCGGCCAACGCCCUCUGCAGCGUCGGUUUGGGCCUGUGGCCGGCGCUCGAUCCCGUGCCCGUGGUGGUUGUCGGAUCGACGCGGUUGUCGUCAUCGGCUUUCUUGACGGCCGUGUUCGGCGGCGCGGCGGUCGCGGUCGCCGGCGUGGUGGUCGCCGACGACGGUGUCUGCGGCGUCUGCGCGCCGCCCUCGACAGCCACCGUCGCGGACGGCGGUUCAGAGUCCUCGUCGCCGGACCCGUCCCCGGACGACUGUAUCGGACCGAUGCCGCUGGACUCGCCCCCGUGGAACACUUCCUCCAUGUCCCACUCGACGUCCAGCCCUUGGUACGCGUUUUUCAACAGGUUGGUGAGCGCCUUCAGGGCGAACACCUGUUCGUUGAGCAGGCUACUGGUACGCCCAAGGUCGACGGGCACCUCGGGGUUCCUCCUCUGGUUUUUGAUACCGUCUCUCAUCACCUCUUUCGUGUAACU